GCCAUCAAAAAGGUUCCUAACGUUACAACAUGGCAGACGGCUGGAGCACUGACACCCGGGAUACUGUGAAAUACCUUACAAUUAAGAUCCGUAUUCAGAGAGUCACCUCUACAGCAGCCCUCUCCCAACACCUUCAGCAGCAGGUUUUGGCUCAACCGGAGAGGGAAGGCAUUGAGCUGGACACCCUCAACUCACCGGCUCAAUCAGAAUCCCUCCCCCAAUGGCCAGUUCUGUACUUCUGGCAGCACUACAGAAAUGAAGGCUAUGGCUACCUGGUCAUUCCUUCCACCCCUGGUAAGGGAAGCAUACAAUAAUGUGUCAUACGUGGAGACCACAGGAACAGUGUCAGAACUGAGACGCUUCUUCAUUGGUGGAUCCCCUGAGCUUGAGGACUACAUUUACAUCAGAGUCCCAGGGGGGUCCACGGUAUUAUGUUCUUUUAGUAUGGGGUGAAGCAGCAGAAUGAAAAAGGUUCUGACUUUUAGAGAUCUGGAUUCUUUCCAUUUGGGCCAUAUUUUCUCUGUUGUUUGUUUGACGUCACCGUGCUUGUCUUGUGUGCAGGGUAUUUGUUGAUGCCAGCACCCUGAAGAAGAGGAGGCAGAGUGUUCUGGACCAGCUGGGAGGCUUCAGUCAGCAAGGGGCUGUCUAUAAUGUCCUGGGUGUGUGCAGCUCACUCACUGCUGAGCGCGUCUCAAUCGCAUGUAUAGUAAAGUGUCCGAGAGGAGUGAGGUUGCCAGGAAACUGUCAGUGCUUGCGCUCCCCUCUGCCCGUCUGGGAGUCUGCUGCACCUGCCUCAGUAACCAGCCCUGCUGGCACCGCCACAGAGUGGCCUGGCGCUGGCCAUGGUGAACACGGGACAUACAGGACACCAAUGGUCCUCAGCAGCCUGAAAGGCAUCUUCUUGUCCAGCACUGAUGCCCUAGCAUCAGACAUGUCUAGAAAAAGCAAGAUGGAUCGUAAUGAUGAGAGAAUCAAAAGAGCUUUAAGGCGCCGCCCUUAUGUGUUGAAUCCAGUGAGGGUGAACACCCCUGAUUCUGUGUUGUGGCCAACCGGCAAGGUGCGCAGAAGGCCAAAGCCUUCUACUUCAGUGCAGACCACUAAGAUCCACAAAAGGCCUCCAAUCAUUGUGAGCUGUGGGCAGGACCAGACAUCUGGGGAUGGAUGGAAUAUCAAUCCAGAGCCUCUCAGCCAGUCUGGAAGGGUGACUCGGCUGAUAGAGAAAAAUUAUGAUGAGGUGAUCUCGUCCUCCAACUCCGAUGACUUUUCCAUCGACUCCUUUACUGACUGUGAAUCUGAGUGUGAUGAUGAGGAUCAUGGAAGGAGGACACCACUGCUGAAAGUUAAGGAUGAGGAGGAUGGAAAGGUGACAAAGCUUGAAGUGAGGGAUAUGGUAGAGGACGACGAUCUGUCUCUCCACUCCUUCGAUGAGUCAGACUUCCUGCGUGAUGAUGGCAAUGAUGCCUCUACUGACGACUUUCCAGAGCCUCCAAAGGAACCACAAGUUCCACUGAAGGACCAUCAACUGAUUAUUCGCCUGGCCCCCAUCACCAACCUGAGUGAGACUGGCAGGAAGCUGCUCCAAGAAAUGGCGCAGGAAAUGGCAGGAGUGGCCCCACAGGAAGGGAAGAUCAAUAAGAAAAAGAAGGGCAAGGCCAAAAAACGAGUGAAGCAAGAGAAGGCCAAUAAGAUGCAACAGAUAGAAAAUGUUGGAGAAAGUAAGGAGGAGGACAAGAAAGAGGAAAAGAAGAGUCUGAGGAAGAGGUUUCUUCAGUGGCUGCUGCCCAAACUGAGAUGUUCAAAGAAAUAAUGGCCAACUAUUACUCCUACUACCACACACACACACAUUAUUUUGCUAAUUUUCACCCCAGUAUCUCUAUUUGCACAUCAUCUUUUGCACA